GAUUUGGCACCAUAUCAAAACGCGAUUCUCACCUCAGAACGCGAAUCCAAACGCGCUUCCAUUUGCGUUUCCAAUUCCAUUCAUGAAGCGAAGAAAGUCGGUGACGUUCGCCAGAGCCUAAAACGUCUUCGUUUUUCGGACAGCGGAAGGUGUUUCUUCUCUGCCACAUUUUCGUUCCAUUGUAUGUGACAUUGUUCUGUCUCUUUCUCUCUGAGAGUAACUCAAACACCAAUGAGGCAGUACAAGCAGGUUUCAGCCCUUAACCGACGACCCACCAUCCUUUAUCUGGUGUGCGCGGUUGCAUUGUUCUCCCUCCUCCUCUUCUACAUCCAAUCCUCUCUCUUCGCAGGGUCCCUUUCUUCGGCUCGCAAAUCCGAAAUUAUCCGCGUCUUGUCUAACUUUCAGUCCAGUGUUCAGCAAUGUGUGGAUAAGAGGGGGCUAGGACUCACUGCUCAUAUAAUUGACCAUUGUAAUUUGAUCCUGAAAUACCCUGAAGAUACCAACAGCUCUUGGUACAACGCACAGUUUAAGCACUUUGAGCCGUUGGAGUACAAAUAUGAUGUGUGUGAGGCAAUCCUGUUGUGGGAACAGUAUCGGAACAUAACAACUGUGUUGACCAGAGAGUAUCUUGAUUCUCGACCUGGUGGUUGGAUGGAUUACGCUCCACAAAGGAUAGCACAGUUGGGGACAAAGAAAUGCAGCAACAAGACUCUUUGUGAAGAGAACCUCAAUGUGUUAUUACCUGCAAAGCCCCCAUUUCACCCACGACAGUUCCGAACUUGUGCUGUUGUUGGGAAUUCUGGGGACCUUCUGAAGACUACAUUCGGGAAAGAAAUUGAAAGCCAUGAUGCUGUUAUUCGGGAGAAUGAGGCCCCUGUUAAUGAGGAAUAUGCCAAAUAUGUUGGUCUUAAGAGGGAUUUCCGUCUAGUUGUCAGAGGUGCUGCGCGUAACAUGGUCCCUAUUCUAAACGGAUCUGGUAAGUUAUUAUUUUUUAAAUAUUUAAACAGAGAUGCAAAACUUCUGUUGAAAUUUUGGGACAUGUUAAUCUAUCCAGUGUGAAAUAUAGCUUUAAUUUUCUAUUAAAGAUUUGGCAUGCAAAACAUCACUAUAGAACAAAGACAUCCUUGUCAAUUGAAUCUCCAUAUAUUUGUAAUGUGUCAAAAAGUAUAUAAAACUAGAAAAAUAAAAAUUACCAACAAAAACAUGAAGGGGCUAGGUCAAACCUCAAAAUAACAUAAUCAAAAAAAUCUAAACGCAAGUAACCCGUACUUGUUCCUAGGAAACUUUCCCUAAUAAAUUAUGGCAUAAUAUCAAACAAAUAAAACUCAAUUUUUUUGUUCAAAACCAUAGUUGGCAAGUUUAUCAAGACUAUAUUACCCUCUAUAAGUAUGAUAUAGAAAAAAAAAUGCAUAGAAGAACAAAGUUGAAGACAUCUUAUGAUGUAGAAAAAAAAUGCAUACAAGAACAAAGUUGAAGACAUCUUAUCUAUCUCCCUUGGAUUUGCCAUGGUACAGGAUGAACAUCCUUUGGAGCUUCAAUCACAAGAUUUGAAUCUCAUUCCUACCAAAUUUGCUUCAUUUCCUUCAAUAUGCUUGUUUGAUAGGCUAUGAUAGCAGCCAUGAUCUCCUCUCAGAAUGUAACAAUUAGGCCUACUUAUGCCACAAAUCCUCCCAUAAAAAACACCUCUAGUGCCUUAAGAAAAUACAUGCAUUGGUAGCAUGUCCAAAACUCCCAUGUGCUACUCGAAUUGUAUUGCUCUUAACACUUCAG